AUCGUCCUUCCUUCUCCACCACUCUACCUCGACUAAUCGACCAAACAUUGUGACGAUAGUAUACGAUGGCAGGAUUGACAGAUAACCUGGCCUACGUGCCCCAGCCUGUUCAGCUUCUGCUGGCUGGUAUUGGUGCUCUUUUCCUUACCUCCAAGGCGUUGAGCUACGUGAAAUUCCUUCUUGGAGUCUUUUUGCUCAGUGGAACUAGCCUUCGCAAGUAUGGCAAGCCUGGCACCUGGGCCGUUGUAACCGGUGCAUCCGACGGCCUCGGCAAGGAGUUCGCCUACCAGCUCGCCAGCAAGGGUUUCAACCUCGUCCUCGUUUCCCGAACCCAGUCGAAGCUCGAGACCCUCGCCCACGAGCUCGAGGCUAAGUUCUCGGGCAAGAUCCAGGUCAAGGUGUUGGCGAUGGACUUCUCGCGCGACGACGACGCCGACUACGACAGGCUGGCCCAGCUCGUCAACGGCCUCGACGUCGGCAUCCUCAUCAACAACGUGGGCCAGAGCCACAGCAUACCGGUGCCGUUCCUCGAGACGGCGCGUAGCGAGCUCCAGAGCAUUAUCUCCAUCAACUGCCUUGGCACGCUGAAGACCACGCAGGUCGUCGCGCCCAUCAUGCAGCAGCGCAAGCGCGGUCUCAUCCUCACCAUGGGCUCCUUCGCCGGCUGGAUGCCCACGCCGUACCUGGCCACCUACUCGGGUAGCAAGGCCUUCCUCCAGCACUGGAGCAGCUCCCUUGCCGCCGAGCUCAAGCCCCAGGGUGUCGAUGUCGAGCUCGUCCUCAGCUACCUCAUCACGACGGCCAUGAGCAAGGUCCGCCGCUCGAGCGCCAUGAUCCCUAAGCCCCAGGACUUUGUGCGCGCGACGCUGAGCAAAAUCGGCUCCGGAAGCUACCAGAACUUUGCCUACACCUACACGCCCUGGUGGACGCACGCACUGAUGCUGUGGGUUGUUGAGAGCACCAUCGGCGCCGCCCACAGCUUAGCCAUCUGGUACAACCUGAAAAUGCACGUUGACAUCCGCAAGCGUGCGCUCAAGAAGGCUGCUCGCGAAGCCAAAAAGCAGUAGAGAGUCACCCAUGAUGACGGUACAGAAUCAGGGAUGAGAUGAAACAGAACUGUAAAAGCCAUUUCAGCGCAAAAUGAGGAGCAGUAAGGAGAGGAGAGGGGUGGCUCUUUAUGGCAGCCUGCAAUAGUUAUAUUAAAGUAGCCCUUAAUGAUCUAGUUUACGCAUAUGAGGAAACUGGCCUAUGCAUCAUGUGGGCUAGAUACGUAGGGGUUCAAACCAGGAGGGAUAGAUAAAUAAAAGUCUUUGUUUAAAUGCC